AUGAAUUGUGGUGUCAAUUUCCCAAAAAUUAAACUCACAAAUCGUCCUUGUCAUAACCAAUUAAAAUCAAAAAAACGCGGUCGUCCGCGGAAUUCCGGUUCAAAUAAUGUGUCCUCCUUACCUGAUGGUCAUUUUUGUUUGACCUCUUUUCAUAAGUAUCAACCUCGUGUGAAAAUGGUUAAACAUGCGACCAAUAUUAAUGAUAAUGACCAAGAGAUAGUCACCUCGUUCGAAGAGACUACUUUUAUUGCUGUUACUCAUUAUCAAAAUGAUGCUGUUAAUUCUUUAAAGAAAAAUUAUAAUCCUCAUGCUAAAGGGUUUAAAGAUAUGGAUUCCAAAGACAUGAAUUGUGAUCAAUUGUACUAUUCUAAUGAUGUUGAAAUUUCGGGUAAUGAAUCCCAAAAUGAAUUUGAUGAUUCCGAAUUUGAAGAUUCCGACUUUGAAUGUACCGACGAUAAUCUCCGAAACAAAAUUGGGAUAAAUAGUGAUUCCUAUUUUAAUUCGACUUCAUCAACUUGCGUUACAACUUCAUUAAAUCUUUCAACAUCUGAAAAAUCUACUACGACAACAAAUAAUAUUAAACCAAAUUCUACGGACCGUAGUUCAGAUGAAGGAAUUCGAACUCGUCAAUUGAGUAUUUAUCACAGCGACUAUCGUGCAAAAAUUGUAAAGCCAACGACAUAUAUCUUGAAAGAGCAAAAACAAGAUAAUGAAACCCGUAAUUGGUUAGAUUUAAACUCCAAUCCUAACAUAAAAAAACCAUCUUCUAAGCAACGUCCAAAACUUGACAAACCUAUUUUAAUCCCCUCCUUCAAAUUGUUGGAUCCACUUAAUCAAAAUCUAACUCCCAUCUCUCCAUACAAGACUGACAAACAAUCUACUGCAACUGGAUUUCCCUGGAUUACUAAACGUGUUGAUAAUGAAUAUAGUAGAGACAUUAAUAUGACACAAAAACAAUUUAUGUUAAAUGCUUUUCAGUCAAAAGAUGAUUUAAAAGACGAUUCAAAAGAUAGUUCAAAAGAUGAUUCUAAAUAUGAUUCAAAAUAUGAAUUACCACAACAAUUUAAGCAUCAAAAUAUGCCUCGAUUGACCUUUCCAAUCACUCCGCCAACGCCAAUUUCUCCUAAUAGUCCAAUUAAUCCUUAUUUAUCUCGUCUUGAACGUGCUGAAAAUGAAAACAUGAAAUUGAGAGAAUUCAUCCGUGAAAGAUACGGUAUUGAAGCAGAAAAGGAAGCCGACGCUGUGGUCGUACUUGGAAGAAAUUCCUAA